AUGGACCGUUUUGUGGACACGGGGGUCACAUUUGAUGUGGACAAGGAACCCCGCCUGAUCAACUGCUACCUCGUCCGAGAGUCAGGGAGGAGGGGGGCUGCGAAUGUCGCCACGAGCGCUGAUGUUUUUGUUGACGUGGAAGAUGCACCACUGCUCAAUGGAUAUGACAUCUGUGCCGCGGAUUCAGAGGAGGCGGGUGGAUUCCCGGAGUUGCGUGCAUUCGCGACGCAGUGGGCUGACGGGAGGAUAGAGACGGUUGGCGUGGUCGAUGACAGGGCACCAUUCCCGCAGGUGUUUUUUCUCCCUCCUGGAGUUUCUGGCUCCGGCAGGGAAGGCUGCUGCACCAGAAGCAGGGCCGCUGUGGAUGUGGAAAAGCACCCGCCGCUAUGGGAGGCACCGACGCACGAAGACGGCAGUACUGGUGCUGGGGGAGAACCCGGCGCUGCUAAAGGUGAUGUGGUCGUACAAGAACGCGCUGAAGGUGCUGCUACAGCCGCGGAGAUGUUCCACUCCCUUGACCAUGGUGAUGAUGUCUCGCCGUUAACACAUGCAGGGGAGUAUUCGCAAGGGCACUCCCCAUUGCAGCCGUCGAUGGGUAGUAUGGGUUCACAUUCAAGAUCUACGCCAUUACCGCGGAGGGCCCAAUGGGAGAUGUUCUCGAAACAUUCACCUUGCACACUCACCAGCAGCCUCGGAAGAGGCGGCAACUCGAUUUUGUCACAACGCGGGACGCGGGCAGAGUCGCUCUCGUCGUUGAAAAAUGAGAUUGCAGCUUUCCGUGAGCGCCUGCGUGAUGCGCAGCUCAGUCUGCACGACAGUGUGCAAUCGCAGCACGUAUCCAGUACCGCAACAAAGCACAUUGUAAAGAGGCCUCCACCAACACAUAGAGACCGGGGAACUUCUUUAGCCAGCAUACGGCGGGACGUGGAGUAUUCCCCUGUGAGGGAAUUACGCGACUCAAAUGGCCUGAGUACUGCGGGUUCCUAUCUGCUAAAUGCUGUGCGGGAGGCGAUGCAGCAAGGGACCCUGCUCUCAGCCCCGCGGGAAAGGGGGAACAAUCUGCGAGAGGCCUGGAUGCGUGACGCUACGCUGCCUGCGCAGCUGCAUCGCAUUGCAGAUAUUGAGGGAACGGGCUUCGUACGCCUAUCGCGCCUUCUUGUGCUCCUUCGCCUGCACGACUAUCUAGACUGGACGGAGGACGAGGUGACGCGUAUUUGUGCGUGGCUGUCAGAGCACCCAGAUGACGAGGCUCGCACCAGCAGCAGUGAAGCGCAGGUGCGUGACGACAGGACACCAACUUGCAUCGUCAUCAAUGAGGUAGAUGAUGUAUUUUACCUCAACAGCGGUGCAUUUUUCGCGUUGCUGCGAGCCCUCCUCCUCCUUUAA